GCAACGUCAGUCGCUCUCGUGCCUCUAGCGAAAGGGAAAAUGUCGGCGUGUUAAUGGGGUUUUGUUGUGCUAGGUAGAGAGUGUGACUUUUGGCCACAGUUUCCUCUCCAUAUUUUUUAACGAAGAGUAAAUCCACCAUCAAUACGGCACCGAGAAGCAUCAACAUCAUCGUGUUUGCCACUAAAUGGCGUAUAUCUCGCAGCGGUUGGCGAUGUCAGUAGCGAAGAACGACUUUAUCGUGGGUGGCAAGUACAGGCUGAUGAGGAAGAUCGGCUCGGGAUCCUUCGGCGACAUAUACCUCGGUAUCAACAUCGCUAAUGGCGAGGAAGUUGCUGUUAAAUUGGAAAGUAUCCGUGCUCGACAUCCACAACUCUUAUAUGAGUCGAAAUUAUACAAAAUUUUAAACGGGGGUGUAGGGAUACCUCAUAUACGUUGGUAUGGACAAGAGCGGGAAUACAAUGUACUUGUAUUGGACCUUCUUGGUCCAUCUCUUGAAGACCUCUUUACGUUUUGUUCAAGAAGAUUUACAAUUAAAACAGUUUUGAUGUUGGCAGACCAAAUGAUUGGUAGGAUCGAAUACGUUCAUUGUAAACAUUUUAUUCACAGAGAUAUCAAGCCAGAUAAUUUUUUAAUGGGCAUCGGUCGUCACUGUAACAAGCUGUUUCUUAUUGAUUUUGGAUUAGCUAAAAAAUACAGAGAUAAUCGUACAAGACUACAUAUUAUAUAUCGAGAAGACAAAAAUUUAACAGGCACGGCAAGGUAUGCGUCAAUUAAUGCACAUCUUGGAAUAGAACAGAGUCGUCGCGAUGAUAUGGAAUCGCUUGGAUAUGUGCUUAUGUAUUUCAAUCGAGGAUCUUUGCCCUGGCAAGGACUCAAAGCUGCUACUAAGAAACAAAAAUAUGAGAAAAUAAGUGAAAAAAAGAUGUCCACGCCUGUAGAAGUUUUAUGUAAGGGAUUUCCUGCCGAAUUCGCCAUGUAUUUAAAUUAUACGCGAGGUUUACGUUUUGAAGAAAGUCCAGAUUACAUGUAUCUUCGUCAACUUUUCCGUAUACUUUUCCGUACGUUAAAUCAUCAAUACGACUACACAUUUGAUUGGACGAUGUUAAAACAAAAAGCAACAAGUAGCAAUGGCACUAGUGGAGCAGCUACAGGUGGUCCAGGUCCAGCCACUCCUGGUACUCAGGGGCAAGGACAAGCCCAAGGUCAGCUACCAGGCCUGACCAACCCUCAACCAGGAGCACGUUAAGACUAUAAUCACUUGUCGUUGCAUCAAUCCUAUUUGCAGUCGCUAGUGUCCAAGAUCAGGUACACGACUUUGUACGAAUACCAUGCAAAGAGUCAAAUCAAUCAACCUUCUAAGUUUACACAAAGGAGGAAUUCUGCGAUUACAAGCGUAUCGUACAUAGAAAGAGGACAAUGCCACAAAUACACGUUACUGAAUUCACUGGUCAGUGAAAGCUUCAGUGUAUUGUCAGUGCUUAGAGUUUUGGUUGAUCCACCUCUUUGGGCUUAAAAUCCAAGUGAGAUCAAGCAGAGGUGGCUUGUUCUUAUUUUGUUAUUACCUAUUUAAUUCACCGUUGAUAAUAAUUGAAAUAAAGGUUAUGAUGCCCCAAAGACCUUUGUAAAAGAGUACACGUAACGGUGUAACGUGUGAUUUAAUCGAAAAUUCGACGUAUAAUUUUCAUAGAAAGAAAGAGAGAACAUUUUGACCAUUCUUAAACAUUCGGGAUAAUUAAGUACAUUAUAUAAAAUUUGAUAUCUAUUCUGCAAAUAGAAAAAGAAACUAUGUGAGAAUGUGUGAAUGAUUAUGCGAAUGUAUGGAAGAAAGUAUAUAAAUAAAUGUACUGAGAGAUAAAUACAGUUUGUUGCUUCCCAAUUUUGGUUUUAUUCUCAGUACAAUAUAGUAUAAAUAUAACGUGUGGAACUUCGAAAGAAAUGUUAAUAUUUGUCUUACAUAAGCUACCAUGUCAACAGUAUCAAAGAUUUUCCUUUGAUAUUCUUGACCCUGAUAACAAUUUUUUUUUUAUAUAAAUAUACAUACAUAGUGUAACACAUGGGCGUAUAUCCUGCGUACAUACGAGUAAGUGGCAGUAUCUCAAAAGUAAAUACUGGCAAGUAAUAUUACAAUAUGUUAAGUGAUAAAGUUCAUUGCUUACUCUCUUUCUUUCUGUGAUUAUGUUUAGUCGAUUAUAUUAAACAAAAUUAAACAGACUUUUUUUGUACUGGAAAUGGAUUACAGGUUUACUUUUUAGUUGAAUAAGUAAAAUUGUGAAAAAAUUUAAUACAUAAAUAAGUCGUUAUUUCGAUUGAAAAGUAAUCCUGUAUUCAGAUUCAGCCAAAGGACUUCUUCCGUAUAGUUUUAAUGGAAGAGACUGUGCAGUGGUAUUCCCCGUGCUAUUGCUUCAAUGUUUAUAACGCGUGACUUACAAUUAGAGAUCCGUAAUCGAUCAGUCAGUCGAUUGUUAAUAUGUAUAAUGAAUCCUCUUACGCGAAGUCACGUUACAUACACCGAUUAGCAAGGAGUUCGAGAAGACUUGUUUCUGUCACUGAAAGUUUUCGUUCACAUUGACCAUACUAGUUACGCCAAUAUUCAUGUCCAUAUUCUAAGCACUACUUCCAAAACGAUGUAUAAUCGAUCAUUGUUAACUCAUCAUGUCCCUAUUGUGGAAACAUUCUAAAGAAAACGUCCGGUCAGCCUUAGCGUGAUCUACGGUACAAGGAUGAACACGACUGGAUCUUAUGUCUACUAUUGUAUUUUGAACAGACAACUUUGUUCAAUGGAGUUUUUGGACAGUGUUUAAGGAAAAGAGAUAUAACCAUUAAAUAUCUUUGAGUGAAUGUAUAAUUAAUUAUUAUUAUUAUUAUUUUUAUUAUUAUUAUUAGAAAAAAAGAGGGAAUCAAAAAACACGAAAUGAAUGAGUAAAAGUGUGUAUUACCAUGCAGCGAGAAUGAAUGAACGAGUAAGUUAAAGAAUAAUUAAUGAUAUAUGCACUUAUUACUAUCUGGUAUGUAUAUAUGUAUAUAUGCAGAUAAGGUUUUAUACGUGUGUAUACAUAUAUACAUGUGUGUAUGUAUAAUAAAAUUGUGACAGUAAUUAAGGAAUACGUUAUUUCAUAAAUAAUGAAAGAUACAUCAACAGUUUAUUGCUCUUUUAAUCGCUAUAAAUAAAAACUGAAACAUUGUA